GCCCGACUUCACUCUGUAGCCUCGGCUGAGAAGGACUUGAGAGGUAAGACCGUGAUCCAGAGCUCAGCCCCAGACCUGGUCAGGAGGAGGCGAGGGCCUCAUCUGCUGCUUGUUACAGGAUAUUGCUCUGGAACUUGAGUCGGGGACCUGCUGGUGGGAAGAAAACACUACGAGCAGAGUUGCACUUCUCUGUUCUCUGGAUUUUGUCUAACCUCAGGCGGUCUGGAGAUUGGAAGGAGCACUACCCAUUGGAGCCUUUCUCUAUAAGACAAGACAAUAUACAACUGCAACAUGCCCUCCAUGUUUGAGAGAACUACCAAGAAAUUGGUCAAAGAGAUCGGAGACCAAGAGCUCAGACCUGUCAAAACCUUGCUGAGCGCCACCAAGAUACACCGGUUUUCUCUAAUACAGAGGAAGAAGGCUCGCUCUUGGUUUUGGCAACGACCUGAUGUCCCACUUGACGCCUCCCUCAUGGACAUCCUUGAACCAGGUUCUUCAGUCCCAGGUAUUGUCAGCCAGGGGCAUAGGAGGCAGGGGCUGCAAAACAAGGGUGCAGGGAGAAGAGAUGCUGCUGUGGUGUCUGUCCUGUUCAGUGACACUGAGGUCUUGAAGCAACAGGCGGCUGGGAGCAUGAAUGCUGGGGCAGAAGUGGGCUUCUCGGGGGAGACUGCUGCGUGUCAAGAGUCCUCCCUGGACAUCCAGAUUGUUAGCACCCCACACGAAACCUGGACAGAGCUUCAGAAGAGGAAACUGCUGGACCCAGAGCCAGCCCUCCUGAAGCAGUGCCGGGAAGCAGGGGUGAAUCUGUAUGUUGUGACCGACACCGUGGAGCUGUGCAACAGCCCUGUGCUGCCGGAUCUCAGCAGCGCGAAUGUCUCAGGGAAAUUCUUCUUCCCUCUGAAUAUUUUUGUCAAGGGUGAAGGACAGGGAGGAGGUCUCAAAGUGAGAGAGAAGAAGCUGAUUGUGCCGAAGGGCUCGGUGCUGGCCUAUACGAGGAAGCAGCUGGUUUUCUAUGGCAGAGAAUGGGGUCCCCCCACUCUCAGCAGCUCACUUCGGGGAGCCACAGAGACCUCCCAGGUUACCCAUACCCCCACGAAAUUCUUCACAUCGGAUAUUCUAAUGAUCAGGAAACCUUUCCAGCAGAAAUUCUUCACAUCGGAUAUUCUAAUGAUCAGGAAACCUUUCCAGCAGAAAUUCUUCACAUCGGAUAUUCUAAUGAUCAGGAAACCUUUCCAGCAGAUGAGUGGAGCAAAGACGAGUUACAAUGUGCUACAUGUCCAUCAGAUGAGUGGAGCAAAGACGAGUUACAAUGUGCUACAUGUCCAUCAGGAUGAUGGUGAUGAUGAUGAUGAUGAUCAGAAAACCUUUUCAGCAGAUUUCAGGCUGCUACAAGAGGAGGUUUCCCAGAACAUAAAAGCGGCCGAGCUCUCAAAGGACAUGCAGGGUGUUGUGUUCUCCAACCUCCUGGCCAUGCUUAAGGACCGUGAGGAUCUUCAGGACUGCAAGCCACUUCAGGACCUCAUGGACAAGCUUGAACAGGAACCCUUUGGUCAUUUGGAUGGCCCUGGUGGCACCAUCCUAACUGAACUGCAAAAGGACUCCUGCCAUCCAGAGGUUGGCUCAAAGUGCCUCAUCCUUUACCUGCUUGAAGCCUUAAUGGUGCUGAGUGACAUCCAACAUGUCCUGCUGGCUCAGUCCAUGGAGAAGAGGAUCCUCCUCCUGCAGAGGGACCUGGUGGGGAGCAUCCUGGAGCCCAACUUCAACUGCUCUGAGAACACUCCCUUUACCCUCCAGCCCGAGCUCCUCGCCCCACUCCAGGGGGAGGGCUUGGCCAUUACCUAUGGGCUGCUGGAUGAGUGUGGCCUGGAGAUGGAGCUGAACAGCCCCAGGUCAACCUGGGACCCGGAAGCCAAGGAGCCCCUGUCUGCCCUCUAUGGGGCCCUCUCCGUGCUGAGCCAGCUGGCUGAGGUCCGAGACCACCUGGGGGGGCAGGCCAAGGGGUCUGUCCAUUCAGACUAGUCAGUCCCCCUCCUGUCGUUUGAUGUAAACACCCCCAAGCUGUUCUCUGUAUCUGAGUCUGUAUCUAUUCCACAAAUAAGGGAUAAGUCUUUGUCUUUGAUUUAUUUCGCUUAGCACAAGACCUUCAAGGUUGGUCCAUGUUGUCACAAACCACAGGCGACUCUGGCUGCUGAGUGGGGGGAUGGGUUGGAAGGUGGGGGCCCACGUGGAUGUAGGGAGAACAUUGAAGGAGUUUCUCUAAUUGCCCAGGCACUCAGUGGUAUAUUUUAAAAGAUCAGUGGUAUAUCUUAAAAGGUAGGAGCUUGAAAAGUAGAUAUAUUUAAUUCUGGUUGAAAUAGAUCCCAGGACUACCUGGGGGAUAUAUAUAUGUAAACUCAUAGGAUCACAUCCUUGUGCUUCUCCUAUUGAAUGACCAUGAUUGGCGCUAUUUUCUAAUGAAUUUAUAAUUUACACCAGAAGGGGGCAGCAUUGACACACAGAAGGAAGCUUGUGAUGGCAGACACUUUCCUUGAUUUGCUUUGGGACUUCAGAGUAAAGGCAGACCCCUCUCUCUGCUCUGCUCUCCCACCUCCCUCCCCCCCCUUUUCCCUUCUCCUUUGAUGCCUCCCUGCUGCAUUUAACGUGGAAUAGGCUGGGAGAAAUGGGUGGGGCAGAGGGGGUCAACACUGGCUUCUUUUUAUAGCCUCUGAACCUUCCUUUUAAACACUGCAUUGGUUGUAUUGAAUAAUCCCCAUAAAGAGCUCUGGGAGGUAAGAGUGAGUUAUGGGGAACUUAGAGCUGUUUCCAGUGUCUCCAGAAACGCCAGCCCUUCUGCCGGGAUUACUAUGGAUUCUGUGGGAAACCUGUUGUCUCAUGCUGAGCCCAGGCAGAAGCUGUGAAGAGCUUGAAUGUCGCUCAGUAAGCAGGGUAUAUAGUUUCUAAAUGAAUUAAGCCAAGCACAGGAACUGUUCAAAAUAUUGCAACCUUGGUCAUCCCAUUGGAAAGCAGGGCUGGUGCAAAUGGUAGGGGGACUUAUAAUCUGAUAGAUAGAGCACCUGCAUUAAUCUGAAAAAUAAUCAUAUCAUUUUAAAUCUUAGAACACAUAUACUAGUACUUAUGUGAAUAGGGGGUUAAGUUGUUCCUAAGUUUCCUUUCCAAGGCCUGUGGGAAGUGAUGGAGGAGGUGACUCAGCUGUGAACCCAGCAAGCAGACCCAAUAAGCAUGGUCAGACCCACCCACCAGGAGUCAAAACAUCAUCUUAUCAACAUCAUUUCAUUACCUGAUGACAAUAGCUUACGUCUGGGGACCUCCAGAGCUGCACAUAGCUGCAUUGCAUCCCCAGCCUCACCCCAGCCCCUUCCCCUGUAUAACCCUGUCCCCCAUUGAAUGCUUGUAAGCACCCUCUCUUCUUGGUUGGCUGGCCUCAAUAAAUGUCUUCUAUGAUUCGA